AUGGCGGCGCAGACCCAGUCAUUGCGAACAAAUGCAAUUAAAGCAAACAUCGAUAAGACGCAGAGGGACUCGAAAUGUAGAAUGUGUAAUCAGAAAGAGGAAACAAUAAGCCACAUUGUCAGUGAAUGCCCAAAACUGGCACAGAGAGAGUAUAAACGUAGACAUGACUGUGUAGCGAAAGCCCUCCAUUGGGAUGUCUGUCGCCUGUAUGACAUAGAUUGUGGAAAUAAAUGGUACGAACAUCAGCCAGAUGGAGUGGUAGAAACAACAAAUGUAAAGAUUCUCUGGGAUGUCAAUAUUCAAACAGACAAUGAAAUCCAGGCAAGGAGACCUGACAUAGUGGUUGUCAAUAAGAAAGAAAGGAAGUGUUACAUCAUUGAUGUUGCAGUCCCGGGAGAUGUGAGAAUAGCUGAAAAAGAGAUAGAGAAAAUCGAAAAGUAUGACGAAUUAAAGAGAGAAGUGGAAAGAUUAUGGAAAGUGAAAGCAAAAGUUAUUCCUAUUGUCUUGGGAGCCCUUGGAACAGUCACACGAAAUUUGAGCAACUACAUCAAGGAAAUUGGAGUCAAGACGCAGAUAAAACUAAUACAAAAAUCUGUACUUUUAGGAACUGCAAGAGUGUUGAGAAAAGUUCUCGAGAUCUAA